GUUUGACACUUGACACUCUCAAUCCAAUGAAGUCACAAUAAAACUCCAGAUUAACACCCAAUCAUUAAACAGAAAGUUCCUCAUUCUCUCUGCAGCUCUUCCUUCAAUAGAACCAAAACUCCAACAAUGACUUCCUACCCGUGUCCCAUAAACCCGACCCAAACCCGAAUAGGAUGGAUAGGCACUGGCGUUAUGGGUGGCGCUAUGGCAUCUCGCCUCCUCUCCGCUAACUAUACCGUCACUAUCUACGCUCGCAACCCUUCUAAAAUCGCUCACCUUCAAUCCCAAGGUGCCCAUCUUGUUAAUUCCCCAACUGAACUCGCACGUAAAAGCGACGUUAUUUUCACUAUGUUGGGACACCCAUCAGAUGUUCGACAAAUUGUCUUAGAGAGUUUAAUUCCAUUUCUCAACCCCAAUACUGUCCUCAUUGAUCAUACAAGCAGCCACCCGGUUCUUGCUAAGGAAAUUUACGAUGCUGCACGUGAGAAGAGUUGUUGGGGUGUUGAUGCUCCCGUGUCGGGUGGAGAUAUCGGGGCGAAAGAAGGGAAACUGGCGAUUUUCGCGGGUGGAAAUGAGGAUGUGGUGAAGUGGUUAAACCCUUUGUUUGAUGUUUUGGGAAAGGCGACUUUUGUGGGUGGACCGGGGAAGGGGCAGAGUUGUAAAAUCGCGAAUCAGAUUGUCGUUGGAGCGAAUUUGUUGGGGUUGAGUGAAGGGUUGGUGUUUGCAGAGAAGGCGGGGUUGGAUAAGGGGGAAUUUGUGGAGGCAGUGAAGGGAGGAGCGGCGGGGUCUAUGGUUAUGGAGUUGUUUGGGGAGAGGAUGAUUGGGAGGGAUUUUAGGCCCGGUGGGUUUACGGAGUAUAUGGUGAAGGAUUUGGGAAUGGGAUUAGAUGUUGGAGCGGAGGAGGGUGAUGAUGUCGUGGUGUUGCCUGGUGCUGCGUUGAAUAAGCAGCUGUUUUCUGCUAUGGUUGCUAAUGGAGAUGGGAAGCUUGGUACUCAAGGGCUUAUUACUGUUAUAGAGAGGAUGAAUGGCAAGUGAGAUCAUGAAAUGUUAGUCUUGUGACGAUGUUCUUGUUGACGUGGGCAGAUAUAUUGGUGAGUUUGGAUUUGGCUAUUUGAAUAUGUCCCUCAUUGAAGAUGCUUAGUAAAUACUAUAAGAAUAGUCUGACAAAACCUUGCUGGUGUUGGCCUUACAUUGUUUGCUAUACUUGCCAGAAGGAAUAAAUAUAUAUAUAUUGGGCCAUAUGUUCUUGACAAUUGAUGGCUUUAGGCUGGUAACUUUCCAGUUUAAUGGUUCCUAUACUAGUCGGUUAUAUGCUGUACUUAAUUUUCAGUUCAUGCUUAAAACCACUCCUUGCUGUUUGA